AUGUCAGCCCCUGUUUGGUUCAUCACGGGUGUCUCUGGAGGUCUUGGUGAGAUCCUAGCUCGUCGUGCGUUGAGCGAGGGUCACCUUGUCAUUGGUACCUGCCGCGAUAAACAAAGAUCGUCUUUGGUCAUAGAACCUUUGCGAGACAGAGGCAUGGUUGUUAUAGAGUUGGAUGUUACUGGUACACAGCAAUAUAUCACCACAAAGAUACAGGAGGCUAUCUCUAUCUAUGGUCAUAUUGAUAUUCUCGUGAAUAAUGCUGGUUACGGAGCCCUUGGCCCUCUUGAGCGCUUUACGGAAGCCGAUCUCAUGAAGCAGAUGAAGACCAAUACCUUUGGUCCUCUAUAUAUUGCGCAGGCAACUCUACCAAGCAUGCGAGCUAGGAGAGGUGGGAUGAUUGUGAAUGUGAGCAGCUAUAUUGGUAUUCGUGGCGAUGCAGCCAACGGUGUCUAUGCUAUCAGCAAGUUUGGACUCGAAGCUUGGUCGGAGUCCCUCUCAAAAGAGGUGGAAGAAUUCGGGGUUUCAGUUCUGGUUCCGGAAUUUGGGGCAUUCCGGACAAAAUUUUUGGAUCAUAAUGUGUUCAACCAACCAUCGAAAGGCGUUGUUCCCGGAUACGAAGGGAGCUUCGCAGAAUUGUCGUUCGACGGUAUUAAGCGGGCGGGCCAAAAGCAGCCUGGUGAUCCUGCUAAAGGCGUCGAGCAUCUCUUCGAGAUCAUCUUGAAGGGUGGAAAGCUGCACGGACAGAAAUUAUUCCGAAUUCCUAUCGGAGCAGAUGCUAUCCGGGUAGUGGAGGACAAAGUUGCAAGGGUGAAAGCUGAUCUAGAAAUUGCGAAAGCGUUGGAGGAGUCUGAUAGUACGCUUCUUUAA